UCCUUGGUCCAGCGGAGUACUCACCACAGCUGGUUUUACCGGUCGUCUUCUCUCCCUGGCAUCUUUAGUGUCUGCAGUCUCUGGUCAUCUCCUGUACUAGGUCCAUAGUCUCUGGUCAUCUCCUGUACUAUGUCUGCAGUCUCAGGUCAUCUCCCGUACUAUGUCUGCAGUCUCUGGUCAUCUUCUGUAGUAUGUCCGCAGUCUCUGGUCAUCUCCUGUACUAUAUUCGCAGUCUCUGGUCAUCUCCUGUACUAUAUCCGCAGUCUCUGGUCAUCUCCUGUACUAUGUCUGCAGUCUCUUGUCAUCUCCUGUACUAUAUCUGCAGUCUCUGGUCAUCUCCUGUGCUAUGUCUGUAGUCUCUGGUCAUCUCCUGUAGUACAUCCACAGUCUCUGGUCAUCUUCUGUACUAUGUCUGCAGUCUCUGGUCAUCUUCUGUACUAUGUCUGCAGUCUCUGGUCAUCUCCUGUACUAUGUCUGCAGUCUUUAUUCAUCUCCUGUAGUACAUCCGCAGUCUCUGGUCAUUUCCUGUACUAUGUCUGCAGUCCAUUGGUUCAGAAUAUUUUUUUCUUGUUCUCCUCCUCU